AACUAACGUUCCACAGAGGGCAGAGUCUCGGAAGUGAUCUUUGAUUGGUCCUCCUGAGAUGACGCAGCCCUUGCGAGUCAUUGGUCGCUUCUUCAGGUAAUCCUCGGCUAGGGAAGUGAUCGUUGUAAGUGUGUAACAGAUUCACUCUGGUUGGACAACUUAAUAUCGACAGCGAACGGACGGCCGAGUUACGCGAGGAGCAGAGUCGUUCAAAUGACGGUUGAGCAGCGCGUGAGGAGCAAUGUUGUCCGCUGAGAUAUGUUAGCUUGUUGACAGCUAGUUAACAAGCUAACGUAAAUAGCUUAGCCAAAGCACCCCUAAUUUAACGAAAGCAACAACAUGGCAUGAUAGUAUAGUAAUUAUUAGUCGAUGUAUUCCCUUUAGGGGAUGUUUAGUCGCAAACGGAUGUAAUUGAACAACAUAUUAUGCGUUUUGUGGACUUACGAGUUAACGUUAGCUUAGUUCGAUAGCUGAAAUUUUAGUACCCAAGUGACUUGGCUGUACAUUUGAGACCGUAUCUUCAAUAAUAUGUGACGGCGCUUUACGGCUGAAAUUUAGUGUUGCUCAAGCUUCCUCUUUGUUAGGGCUUGGCGUGUGGCUAAAGUGUUCCCGAGGUUUAACGUUACUCCCCUACCUCUAUAUUAUCAGUCACAUUUUUUGAAAAUGAAAAAUUGUGAGUAUCAACAAAUAGAUCCACGAGCGCUCGGAACAUCGAACACAAGGACCUCCACGACUUUGCCCUGUGGAAGGAAACACCCCCAGCGCCAACGGAGGAAAUGGGAAGUUUUCCCUGGACAAAAUCGCUUCUACUGUGAUGGGCGUGUUAUGUUGGCCAGGCAAUGCGGUGUGCUCCCGUUGACCAUCGGCCUAAUUUUCAUCACCAGUGGCUUAUUUUUCACUUUUGAUUGCCCCUUUCUGGUGGAAAAACUUACUGUCUUCAUUCCAGUAAUUGGUGGGGUGUUAUUUGUAUUUGUGGUUGUCACCCUCCUUCAGACCAGUUUUACAGACCCAGGGAUAUUACCCAGGGCUUUGCCGGAUGAGGCUGCGGACAUUGAGAGACAGAUUGAUAAUUCUGGAUCUUCAACAUAUCGCCCACCUCCCCGGACUAAAGAGAUCCUUAUAAAUGACCAGGUGGUCAAGCUUAAAUACUGUUUCACAUGCAAGAUGUUCCGCCCGCCCCGGACAUCCCAUUGCAGCAUGUGUGACAACUGUGUCGAGCGUUUCGACCAUCAUUGUCCUUGGGUGGGAAACUGUGUCGGGAAGCGAAACUAUCGAUUUUUUUACGCAUUCAUAGUGUCUCUAUCCUUUCUGACCUCCUUUAUCUUUGGCUGUGUGAUCACUCAUCUCACUUUAGGAUCUCAAGGUGGGAAGGGUAUCAUCCAGGCAAUACAGGACAGCCCAGCCAGUGUUGUCGAGCUGGUCAUUUGCUUCUUCUCCAUCUGGUCCAUUCUUGGUCUGUCAGGUUUUCAUACUUAUCUUGUGGCCUCCAACCUCACAACCAACGAAGAUAUUAAAGGAUCUUGGUCCAGUAAAAGAGGAGAAGAAUCAGGAAAUCCUUACACCUAUAACAGCAUUUUCACAAACUGCUGUGUGGUGCUUUGUGGGCCAAUGCCACCCAGCCUGAUUGACAGAAGAGGCUUUUUACCUCCAGAAGAAACACCUCAAAUAGUGACCUCUGAUGCUGACCUCCCACCUUUUAUGGCUAAGAAUGACGCAAAUAUGUGCACACAGGGCACAAAGGAACUUUUAGAAUCAAUGGCUCACUCCACAGUGAUUCAGAGCACCUGCACUCCUGGCACACCCAAAACUGCUCCAGUUACCCAAGAGAGUCUACUACGUACUGUCUCUAUCACCGUCUCUCCCCCCAACAGGCCUCCUUCUACCGGCUGCUCAGGCCGACAGGCCCGGCGCCCCAUAGACGUUCCCUGCUCCCAGAGAGGGAACAAACGGGCCGCUCUUCACACCCAUAAACCCAUGUUGCGUGUACCCAGUCCUCCCUACUCCCUUGGCCACAGCCCACUCAUUCUUAGUGACGCUCCUGACAUGGGCUUCAUCUCACUGAACUGAGCACAGUAUAUCUGCCACCAGCAGCCUCGUCUCUCUGUUACCACUUUGAGAACAGCAUUACACUUUUUAAGCAACUGUGACUUUCUAUACUCAGGAUCUUCUCAGGAAACAUGCCACCUUUCAACCAAUGGGAAUAAGCCUGCAUUGACUUUUUACAUAACAGAGGGAUUUUUUGUUUUCCGUUAAAAUCAACAUACACUUUGUGGAGUGAAACGCAAAACAUCUUCAGAAGAUGCUUUUGUUUUUUUCAGUCAUUUUGCACAAAAAUAUCAGCAGAUGAUCAGUGUUUUACGGAACGCUCGAGCCAUUUUUUUUUCUCUCAGCCUUUUGUCAUCUGCUUAGACCUAAUGCAAUAAUUGUAUGCUUUGAAAGGGCAAUUGGGUCUAAAAAUAAGCCUUGCUUAUUUUCUGUUCUUUUUGUGUGGGGUUAAGUAACUUCUACAGUAAAGUAAUUGGUUAAAAAGUAUUUACACCAACAGCCAAGCAUAUCAAUGGCAGUUAUGAAUGAGUAUCAGAGAGCUCAGGAUAAGAGGGUUAAUGAUUUAUUUGUGUACGUGGUGCAAUGUUACUGUUGGUCCAGGGGUUUUAUCUCCUGUAUAAUGUUGCAGCUGCCAGUGAGUGAAUUAACAGCUUUCAUAUUUAUGUUUGUUUUGUGUCCAUUUAAAACAGGGGUUUUCCUUCAUUUAAAAUUUUUUGGUGGCAUCCUAAUAGUAUUUGAUGCAGUAUUUUCCCUCAUUGAUCAUUGUCUUUAUUUUGGUUUCUUUGGUAGAAAAUUUGGCAACACUACUGUACAUUUCAGCUUAUAAUGAAUUAGCUUUCAUGAACUAACAAAUGAAUAAAAUGAUUUACUGCAUUUAUUAAUCUUAUAAAUGCUUCAGUUUUAUAUAUAUAUAAUACUUUUUUGUAACGUUUCAAGUCAUAUAAACAAACAUUAAUGCAUUAUUUGCAUAUAAUUUAGAUUUAUUAAUGUUUUUAAAAAGUUUUCAUAAUUUUAAGAUCAACAAAUCUAGUGUUAAAAUUCCAUUCUUCGACACAUAAUUGUAUAUUUAUAAAAAUUAAUUGCCUUUUGUUUAAUCUGUCAAAUUUGCACAUGUAUAUAUAAACUACCACCAAAAAUCAUUUUGAAUCUAGGAAAAACCCUGUAGUGUUUCUGACUUUUCAUUGGUGGGUCAAAGGUUGUUUUCUGAUUGUUAUUAAAGUGUUUUACUAAGCUUGAAACUGAAGUUUUAACUGAAACUUUUUGCCUUGAAAUUGAUGGAUUACUGAUGAAUUAUGAAUUGUUCACAUCAUCAUUAAGAUGGUAGUCAAGUUUUUAUUUUUUAAGAAAUAGGAGUCUGGCACAGUAAUAAAGCUGACAGUAAAAGUUUCAAAAUAUUUUGCUCCUCUAAAAAACAUUUAGGCUUACAGAAGUUGAUCACUGCCAGCAGUGUUAGAGGGAAAGUAAAACAAUGUAUGACUUGUUGUGUUGCUAUUAUCUUUUUAUCACCUGAAGACUUAAUGACAAAAAGUAAUAAACAAAUGUUCUUUCCA